UAGGAUGAGUAGGAGAGCAGUCCAGGAUGUACGAGCGGCGUGGCGCACGCACGUGUCCGGCUAGCCGGUGCAGUUGCCACUCGCCAGGCGCCGCCGGGACACGUGCCGGUGCCGCGCCCACCUGCAGGCGCCGGCCGGCAGCCGCAGCCGCAUAUAUAGAGGACGUCCGUCCGUCCGCGAGGUCGAGACCGAGGGGACGAUGGAGACCAUGGAGGACGCCGCCGCCGCCGCAGGGAAGGAGAUAAGGAUGAAGAGGAGGACGGUGUGCGUCACCGGCGCCGGCGGCUUCGUCGCCUCGUGGCUCGUGCGCCGCCUCCUCUCCUCGGGCGACCACGUCGUCGUGCAUGGCACUGUCCGCGACCCAAGUGACCCCAAGAACGAUCACCUGAGGGCGAUGGACGGCGCCGGGGAGCGGCUGCGGCUGUUCAAGGCCGACGUGCUGGACCACGCAAGCGUGGCGGCCGCCGUCGCCGGUUGCGGCGGCGUCUUCCACGUCGCCAGCCCCGUCCCCUCCGCCAAGCCCCACAACCCCGACGCGGAGAUUCUGGCUCCGGCGGUGGCGGGCACGCGGAACGUGCUCAAGGCCUGCCGCGAGGCGAACGUCCGCCGCGUCGUCGUCGUCUCCUCCGCCGCCGCCGUCAUGCUCAACCCCGCCUGCCCCAACGACGGCGUCCUCGACGAGGACGCGUGGUCCGACGAGCACUACUGCCGAGCCACCGAGAACUGGUACUGCCUCUCCAAGACGCUCGCCGAACGCGAGGCAUGGCGCUACGCGGCGGACAGCAACGCCGACAUGGACGUCGUCACCGUCUGUCCGCCAUUGAUUCUUGGACCUCUGCUGCAGUCGACAGUGAACACCAGCAGCUCCAUCCUCAUCAACCUGCUCAAUGGUGACCGGGAGGCCGUGGCCGAGGACAAGAGGAGGAACGCGGUGGACGUGCGCGACGUCGCCGACGCGCUCGCCCUGGCGUACGAGAACACGGCGGCGUCCGGCCGGCUCAUCUGCAGCGCGUACAACCUGAAGACAUCUGAGAUGGCCGGCAUCGUCAGGCGCUUCUGCCCAGAUAUCAAUUCCCCAAAGUUUGUGGAUGGGGAGGACGAGAGGGUGCUGAGCUCGGAGAAGCUGCAGAAGCUGGGGUGGAAGUUCAGGGCCGUGGAGGAAUGUCUGAGGGACAGCGUGCGAUCCUACAAGACUGCUGGGAUCCUGAAAUGAGAGAUAGGGAUUCGAGAGAGAAAUUCCAAAUUAGUGUAACAUUUCAGAUGUGGAAUGCAAUAAACCUUUGACAUCUUGUGUACAAGUUGCAUUAUGCAUCGUUACUGAUUUAAUUAUUAAAUGUGUGU